AUGGUGCGGGUGGUACAGAUAGAUGCUCCACAACUCUGCUUUUUUCACUAUGGCGGGACCCCAGUUAUCUAUGUCAGAAAUUCUUCGCAACUUAAGAAUGUUUACAUUUCGGCUGUUGGCCUAUCUGGUAUUCUCUCUCAUGCUCGCUUUAGCCUUCCCUCCAUCGCACAAAAUGUUGAGAGCCUCACCCUGUACGGUUGUAGUGAGGAUGCCAACACUCCCAUGCUGUCAUCCAAGCUCCCCCACCUCAAGAACUUGGAAAUUAUACUCAGGCACUACUUCUCCCCAAACUAUGAUGUCUUCACUCUGGUUUCUUUUCUUGAUGCUUCUCCUGCCUUGGAAUCUUUCAUUCUACGUCUAGAGCAGGUUCCUGGUGUUGGAGAUGAUGAUGAAUACCGACGACAAAAUCCAGAGUGCCGGCAUAACAACCUUAGGAAGGUGAUGAUCACGGGAUUCUGUUCAGCCAAGAGCCUGGUUGAGCUCACAGUUCACAUCCUCGACAGAAUACAUUCACUCGAGCGCCUGACGCUGGACACAACAUAUGGCUACGAUAGAUGUACUUGUAACAGUGGCAAAUUCCCGACAACAAGAACAAUUGGCCGAUGCUGGCCAAUGAGCAAGAGAGCUCUCGAGGAAGCUCAUAGAGCCAUGAAGACUGCAGGUAGAUACAUCAAGGAAAGAGUUCCCUCAUCUGUUCAAUUCGAGGUUCUAGGGCCCUGUAGUCGAUGCCAUAUCGGGAAGUUGGUACCGGUAGAUCAGUGA